ACUGUUGACAACUGACAUGAACUGACGCGAUUCUUAAACUGAAUAGUAAAUACUUCAAUUAUUUAUUAUCAAUUAAUUUAAUACAGUUCUUAAUUUCUCAAUUUUUUAGCCUACAGUUCAGCUUCAAGUAUUUAUUUUUUAGUAUUGAUUUCAUUCCAUCAAUACAUUUUACCUUAUCAACAUUAAUAUAUCAUAGUUAUAAAAAAAAGUCUUCUAAUAAUAAGAAUGGAAUGUAAUUGGAUUAAGGUCUCCCCCAAUUUACAAAAAGGAUUAUCUUUAAUAAACACUUUAGAUGAUACAAAAUUUGAACAAUUUCUUAAAAGAAUAGUUUUAAAAUUAAUAAAUCAAGAAACUGACAAUGUAUUUACAGAAGAGGAGAAGAAAAAAUUGGAAAUGAUUUUUAAAAUUGAUGAAGAUAAACUUCUUCUGGCUAUAAAAACUAUUGUUUAUGUAUUUAAAAAGGCUCUUAAAUUUAUAUUUAUGCCAGCAGAUCUUAGACAAGAUUUUAUUACAAUAGGUUUAAAUGAAGAAAAGGCUGAUGUCUUCACAAAAGUUUGGUGUGCAGAAACAAGUACUACUCUAAAUGAACUAACAAAUAGUGCAGGUGAUCAAUAUGAAAAUAAUCCAGAGUUUUCUUGGAAAUUAAAUGCUGAAUUAAGCUCUGUGUAUCAUAAAAAAUGUAAAGUGCCAAAGGCUUACAUAAAGAUAAUUGGAAAUAAAAAUGAAGCCGAAGUUGAAUUAACCCACAAUGAACUUCAUGCAAUCUUCCUACAAUUUGAGUCAAUCCAAAAUGAAUUGGAUAAUUUACUUUUGCCUUAAAUUAAGUUUAUAUAAAUGAAAUUUACAAAAAUAAUAGAAAAAUUUCCAAUUAACAAAUAAAUACUUAUUUUAGUGUAUAUAAUGGCAUAGUGAACAAAAGAAAAAUUAUUUGUAAAAUCCAUUUAAAAAUUGUGACUAGUGCAAUAAAGUUUAUGAGCUGAGUCUAA